AUGGAUGCCGAUGUCGUUGCGAUUGACAUCGAUGAUGACGAUGACGACAGUGCUUGUAAUUUCAGUAUCGUCAACGACUGCCACAGUGAAGACGAUGAAGCUCUCACUGUUGAAGACAAUGUUCUUCCAGCCGUGUACACGAAACGCACUGCUGUUGACAAGGAUAAAUCAGCAGAGGAAUUUCUGCUGAGUCGCGAAGCGGUUGUCCGCUUCGCUUAA